AUGGCGGACCGAUACUCCUUCUCCCUCACCACCUUCUCGCCCAGUGGAAAGCUGGUACAGAUCGAGUAUGCCCUCAAUGCGGUGAACCAGGGCAUCACAGCUCUGGGCAUCAAAGCCACAAAUGGCAUCGUCCUCGCCACGGAGAAGAAGUCGUCCUCGCCUCUCGCGGACCAGAGCACCGUGGCCAAGAUCAGCAACAUCACCCCCAACAUCGGCACCGUCUACUCCGGCAUGGGGCCCGACUACAGGGUCUUGGUCGAUCGCGCGCGCAAGGUCUCGCACACGGGCUACAAGAGAAUCUACAACGAGUACCCUCCCACGCGGAUACUGGUGCAGGACGUGGCACGGGUCAUGCAGGAGGCCACCCAGUCUGCCGGCGUGCGGCCAUACGGCGUCAGCAUGCUUGUAGCCGGAUGGGAUGACGGCAUCGAGCCCGAGGGCGAAGAGGAGAUGCCCGCCGAGGGGGAGAAGAAGCCGAGCAAGAAGACCGGCGGCAUCCACAAGGGCGGCCCGAUGCUGUACCAGGUCGACCCCACAGGGAGCUACUUUCCGUGGAAGGCUACGGCCAUUGGCAAGAGCGCCACCAAGGCCAAGACGUUCCUGGAGAAGAGAUACUCGGAGGAGCUGGAGCUCGAGGAUGCGAUACACAUUGCCCUGCUGACUCUCAAGGACAACAUCGAGGGCGAGAUGAACGGAGACUCGAUUGAGAUUGGCAUUGUCGGACCUCCCGCCCAUCACUUGCUGGGGAUUGAGGGCGUCGAGGGAGCGACCGGGCCGCGAUUCAGGAAGCUGACUCCACAGGAGAUUGAGGACUACCUGACGAGUCUAUAA